UUUAAUUGAGGGUAGGGCUGGCCAUGGAUUCAACAUGGGGACGAGCGCAGUUUGCAAUUUUCCCGUUCGUCAAAAACACCAUGCUCUCGAAGCAAGUUCCAACGCAGAUGGCGCGCACCAUGUCCAAGCGAUUCUUUGCCUCCGGCAAGGACAUCCGCUUCGGUGUUGAAGGCCGUGCCCUCAUGUUGAAGGGCGCUGAUCAGCUCGCUGACGCCGUCCAGGUCACGUUGGGUCCCAAGGGUCGCAACGUCGUGAUUGACCAAGCAUACGGCGCCCCAAAGAUCACCAAAGAUGGUGUGACCGUGGCCAAGAACAUUGAAUUCCGUGACAAGUUUGAAAACAUGGGGGCUCAAUUGUUGCGCCAAGUCGCCAACAACACGAACGACGCCGCGGGUGACGGUACCACGUCCGCCACCGUGCUCACCCGCGCCAUCUACAGUGAAGGUUGCAAGAGUGUCGCGGCCGGCAUGAACCCUCAAGACUUGCGCCGCGGUAUCCAAUUGGCUGUCGACCAUGUUGUGUCGGAAUUGGCCAAGUUGUCGCAAGAUAUUGACGACAAGGAAAAGGUGGCUCAAGUUGCCACGAUUUCUGCCAACAGCGAAAAGGAAAUUGGCGACUUGAUCUCGGACGCCAUGGAACGUGUCGGCCGCGAAGGUGUGAUCACUGUCCAAGAUGGCAAGACGUUGUACAACGAAUUGGAAGUCGUUGAAGGCAUGAAGUUUGACCGUGGCUACAUCUCUCCCUAUUUCGUCACCAACAGCAAGAACCAAGCUUGCGAAUUGGAAAACCCGUACAUCCUCUUGGUCGAAAAGAAGGUGUCGUCGGCCCAAGGCAUUGCCCCUAUGUUGGAAUUUGUGUACAAGGCGCAACGCCCGUUGCUCAUUAUCGCGGAAGAUGUCGAGUCGGAAGCGUUGGCGGCUUUGAUUCUCAACCGCAUCCGUGCCGGCAUCAAGGUGUGCGCCGUCAAGGCCCCUGGUUUCGGUGACAACCGCAAAGCUGGUUUGCAAGACAUGGCCGUCUUGACCGGUGCCAAGGUCAUUAGCGAAGACGUUGGCCUUCGCCUGGACAACGCGACCCCCGACAUUCUCGGCACGGCCAAGAAGGUGACGAUCACCAAGGACGAUACUUUGAUCUUGGACGGCGAAGGCGCCAAGGACGCAAUUGCUGAACGUGUGGAAUUGCUCAAGGACUCGAUUGCGCAAUCCACGUCUGACUACGAAAAGGAAAAGCUCCAGGAACGCCUGGCCAAGUUGGGCGGCGGUAUUGCCGUCAUCAAGGUUGGUGGUGCAAGCGAAGUCGAAGUGGGCGAGAAGAAGGACCGCGUCGUGGAUGCGCUUAACGCCACCCGCGCCGCCGUUGAAGAAGGGAUUGUGCCCGGCGGUGGUACCGCUUUGUUGUGGGCAUCGCGCAACCUCAAGUCAUUGUACGACGGCGUGGCCAACAUGGACCAAAAGGUGGGCAUCCAAAUCAUUGAACGUGCGUGCCGAUCGACUGUGACCCAAAUCGCCAAGAACGCCGGUGAAGAAGGCGCGGUGAUUGUGGGCAAGUUGCUCGAACAGGAUUCUCCCACGUUUGGUUUCAACGCGCAAACGGGCCAGUACGUCGACAUGGUUGAAGCCGGGAUUAUCGACCCCACCAAGGUGGUGCGCACUGGCCUCGUGGACGCGUCGAGUGUGGCGUCGUUGAUGAUGACGGCAGAAGCUUUGAUUGCCGACUUGCCGGAAGAAAACGCCCCUGCCGCUGGUGGCAUGCCCGGCAUGGGCGGUAUGGGCGGCAUGGGUGGCAUGAUGUAAAUGCCUCGUGUGCGAUUCAAAAAUCCAUUUAACAAAUAGAAUAGUUGUCUUCCCUCGUCCGACCUGUCGA